AUGCAUGAUAAGGAUUUGUGGUUUGAUAUUGAAAAAGAAGUAACACAGUUGUCAAGAGUUGAAAAUUCUUAUCGUUUGCAAGCCAUGCAAAUCCUUGAAAAAUUGAGUCACCAAGUUACUAAAGGUGUUCUCCAAUCUAUUGACCAAAAUAUAACAAGUGGUAGUAGACAUCAUUCAAACAAAGUCAGUGAAACCAACACAACUAGUAGUGAGGAAACCACUGAACAUGCUACUAUCAAGGUACCUUCAAUUCAAGAUCGAUAUCGACUUGGGGAGACCGACGUUUCAAUCCAUUUUUAUGCAUUUCAACUUGUGUCGAAGAAUAAUUACAAGGAAUUACUCAUGGAAACCCAUGUUCAGCAAAUCUUGGCAUUGUCUUCAAUAUUCUUGGUCCAAAAAGACAAGUACAAUGACGAUUUGAAGGCAAUAAUAGGAAAAAAGACACUAGAUGCUAUUGACGACAAACUCCAAAAACAAUACAACACUGGUCGAUAUAGUGGGGAUGCCUUCGAUCCAGAGUUAGCAGAAAAGAUUAGACAAGUAGUCAAGUGUGUCAAGAAUAAAAAAGCUACUCGACUGGAUGGUGUUAUCGAUUUACUUACGUUGUCCAAGAAUAAAAAUAAUAUUGAAAAGAAAUUGAUCAAGCCUAUUGCAAACUUACUUGACAAAUUGCCCAAAAAAGCUUUAAAAUCCGAGAUCAAAGAAGUGGAACUCUGCCAUAGAUAUAUUGACCCCAUCUUAUCAGCAUUAUUUGACGAUCCCAAAUGCAACACUUUGACAAGCACCACUAACCAGGAGUGCAAGGAUUCGUUGGCUAAGGGCUCCAUCACAAGUCAACGUCCAGAUUCCUGUGUUAGCGAAUUGAAUGGCCUUUAUUUUGGAUCGUCACUUGGCUAUGUUGAAAUCAUACGAUUACUUUUUUUUAUCAACGAACUCCGGGCCGAUGGAAUGUACUUUUUGACAGAAAUCGCAAAAGUCAAAGCAUCAUCUUGCAUCGAGGAUCUCAGUGCAUUCAUUCACUAUUUUGACGAUAUUGCUGCAGUCUUGAAAUGCUAUGAAAAAAAUUGUGUUCCCUUGCCCUCUGAUCAAAUCAGUGCCAUGUAUUUGAAACGACGGCCAACAAUUCAAGAUGAAGAAUUUGAUGCGUUGUCACCAAGCAAGUCGAACAAGUGA